AUGGCUGUUCAGUCAGGCCCUCCAGACGUAAAUUUAACUCGUUUUUGGGAGCUUGAGGAACUUUCCGCCGCCAAAAAGUAUAAUCUUAUUGAAAGAUAUAGCUCAUUCAGCAAGCUACAGAGAGUUGUUGCAUACAUAAUGCGUUUGAUUUACAACGCCAUAUCUAAUAAGCAGCGCAAAUUGGGUCCAUUAAGCACCGAUGAACUUUCGCAAUCUCAUAAUUUAAUUAUUAAAAUGGUCCAAUUAUCAUCAUUUAAAAAAGAUAUCGAAUUAAUAAGUAGAGGUGAACAGCUUCCUGCUACUAGUAAAUUAAUUCCAUUGAACCCAAUUUUGGAUGACUGUGGUAUCCUGCGUGUUGGAUGCAGGAUCGCACAUGCUUCUAUAGCCUCGGACCAGCGCCAUCCUAUUUUAUUGCCGAGCCAGCAUCAUAUUACAAGGAUAAUUAUACGAGCAGAACACAUAAGGCUUAAGCAUGCGGGAAUACAGUCGACCCUAUAUUCUGUACGCCAGGUAUAUUGGCCUUUGAACGGCCGGAGUACCACGAGGAGCGUAAUUCACAAAUCUGUGCCCUGUUAUCGUGCUAAGCCACGUCUUUUAGAUCAUCGUAUGGGAAUUCUACCUGCUCAACGUAAGACCUCUUCGAGGCCCUUCCUUCGCGUUGGUGUGGACUAUUGUGGUCCCUUUUAUAUUAAAGAGAAACGUCAUCGAAACCGCGGUCUCAUAAAGGUUUAUGUAGCGGUAUAUAUAUGCAUGUGCACAAAAGCUGUGCACUUAGAACUCGUCAGCGACCUCACAACGGAGGCUUUUAUUGCAAGCUUGAAGCGCCUUUUUGCGAGAAGAGGAAAAUCCGUAGGAAUUCACUCCGACGUUGCCAAUAAUUUUGUUGGAGCUAAAAACGAGCUAACAGAGCUCUAUAAUAUGUUCAAUUCUGAAGCACAUUGGAACGCUAUAUUCAAUUUCUGUAAUGAAGAGAAAAUCUCUUGGCAUUUUAUUCCUCCCAGGUCUCCUCAUUUUAGAGGGAUUUGGGAGGCUGCAGUCAAAUCAUUUAAACAUCACCUCGUCCGUACCGUAGGUGAUGUCUUGCUUACUUUUCAGCAAUUAGAGACAUAUAUUAUUGAAAUAGAGGCAAUACUUAAUUCUCGACCCAUAUCUCCUAUGUCCUCUGAUCCCAACGAUCUUCUCCCAUUGUCUCCUACCCAUUUCCUUAUUGGUAGCCCAUUGACUUCUUUUCCAGAGAUUGACCUUUCGGAAACACCAGCUAAUCGUUUGUCAGCCUGGCAGCAUGCUCAGCAGCUUGAGCAGCACGUCUGGACACGCUGGCAUAAGGAGUAUCUGCAGCAACUUAUCAAAUUCAGCGGAUCUCGUUCACAACCUCCUAAUCUCAAGGUCGGAUCAUUAGUUCUCAUUUUUGAGGAGAAUUUGCCUCCUUCAAAAUGGGCUCUAGGACGCAUCGUCACCGUACAUCCGGGCCAGGAUGCAAUUGUAAGAGUAGUAACACUCAAAACCAAAACCGGCGAAUACCAGCGAUGUGUCAAGAAGCUCUGCCCUCUUCCCAUAGAUGGAGAAGAUGAUGACUUCACCCCAUUUGAUUGA